UCAGUGUGUUUAACAUAGCUCUGACAAGCGCAUCAGUUUGCUUCUCAACAGCUUUCUUGCGCGACGGUCAAACCGCGUGGUCUCCGUGCUCAGCUGGUGGAAAGAGUGAGCCAAAAAAUAAAAAAUGAAGGGCCUCGCGGUGUUGAACACCUUCCUGAUUUUAUUUGAAGUCUCAAGUGUUAGCAGUGCAGAUCUUAUGCCGCGCCAUAUGUUGAUGGAACAAAUUCGAGGAGGCUUACUAGACGGCGGACGUCCAGGUGCUGGAUUCUUCCGUGGAGCUGGACCUGAUCAAAGUGCAGGAAUGGGUGGCUCCGGUCCUGGUUCAGCGAUGCGACAAAAUAGAGGACACCGACCACCUGGUUCUGGUAUUUUUGGAGGUUCCUUUCCAUUGGCAGGUGGAGCCUUUGGGGACGCUAUCCCUGGCCCUAGAGGUGGUCUGUUUGGAGGGCCUAUCGGUGGACGUGCCUUUUCAGGACCUAUGAUAGAUAAUAAUGAAGAUCGGACACACCGACCUGGUUCUGAUAUAUCACGCAGUAAGCCUUCUCUAAGACCAUCCGGUGAUUCAAGAUUUGGCGAAGAGUAUGGCGAGAGCAGCGAGGAAGGGCUGUUUAACCUUCCUCAAAAAAGAAAGGGACAACGGCCACUGCGUGACCAUAUCGAGCGUCAUAUAUACUCAAGGCCGGGUACUCAAGAAGUUAGCGCAGGACUCCACGGUGGGAAAGGCAGGGAAGCCGGCUUCGCCGUUACACCAGCCGUCACGACUCACAAGGGGGGUACCCAUGGAGGCGGCACGAGCAGGGCCAGGAAGAGACAUGAUAGCGGGCAUUCCCACGGACAUGGGUCAAGCGAAGAGGAUGAUGACAAGAACGAGGAAAGAGAUGGUCACGCUUCACACAAGGGAGGAAGCGUGUCGAUAUCUACGUUUGCAGCUCUUUCGCUCGCACGCCAAUGUCUGAAUUUGCUACACGAUAUGCUCGCUCUGCUAACAACGAAUCGUGGCGCAUGAACCAACAAAUUAAACUGUAAAAGACA